AUGGGCGCCCGUCUGCUAGGGAGCCCGAGGUUCAGACGAGCUUGUCCGCCGGCUGGCGUCCCCCCGGCUUCGGGGCGAGCGGCGGCUACGGCCACGGCGGCGGCGGCGGCCGCGGAAGGAGUUGGGCUGAGGGAGGAGGGGUGGGGCGCGGCGGCGCAGCCGCCGGAGCCGCGGGAUCGACGGCUGCAGGUCACCUAG